AUGUUUGGAGACAGAUAUCUUAGCUACCCGGUGCACUAUCUAUCUAUCUAUCUAUCUAUCUAUCUAUCUAUCUAUCUAUCUAUCUCACUUUAUUCAGAUCUGUCUCAGUUUAUACGCAUCUCUCUAUCUCAGUUUAUACAGAUCAAUCUGACUAUCGCAGUUUAUACAGAUCUAUCUAUCUAUCUAUCUAUCUAUCUCAGUUUGGACAGAUCUAUCCAUCUCUGUUUAUGCAGAUCUAUCUAUCUAUCUAUCUAUCUAUCUAUCUAUCUCAGUUUAUUCAGAUCUGUCUCAGUUUAUACAGAUCAAUCUAUCACAGUUUAUACAGAUCUAUCUAUCUAUCUAUCUAUCUAUCUAUCUAUCUAUCUAUCUAUCUAUCUCAGUUUGGACAGAUCUAUCCAUCUCUGUUUAUGCAGAUCUAUCUAUCUAUCUAUCUAUCUAUCUAUCUAUCUAUCUAUCUAUCUAUCUACGUACGAGUCUGCACGAUGGAGGUAUUUGUAUGGCGAGGAUUAUUUAUAG